GCUACAAUUGCGUAUGAGCAGAGUCGGGGACCGGCGCGGGCGCCGCUACGAUUCGGUAUCUUGGCUCACAGUGUGGAAAUGUGGCUACGCAGUUUUUUAUGCAACACACUGAUACUUUUCACUCAGCGCUCAGCCACCACACCUACGCGUUGGUACCGGUAAAGUAGAUCCGUCACGGAAAUCCAAGACCCUAUUGGUUGAAUAUCUUUCCCUUAAAUCGAAAGAUGAGUAUAAGAGGAUCCAGCAUGUCAAAGUACAGUGACCGUGAUCCAGCCAAGUAUUACUCUCCUCUUCAACGUGGUGCUUGUCAUGGCUUUACACUAUUUUCCAAAGGCUUUCAUGUUCUAUGGGACUCUUGAUGAAAGAAUGCUAACCGAAAAGCAAACACUCCCCGAAGCCCUCCGUUACACAUCCUUUUUAACGAGAGUACUGUGUUUUCUUGCUCUCGGACGCCCCGAUCUUGAUGAACACUGGGAGUCUCUACAAUCCAAGGAAGAAUUCGAAGACGUAAAGACAAGGCUAUGCUCUAUCCUGACUUACACUAUCACUGCAGCGGGCCUGCUUCUCGCUACAAGUGGUGUUUUCGUAACCACUGGCUCUCCCGUGUCACAUUUUGACUAUACCUCGCCUGUCCCCUAUUUUUUGCUCUUUAUAUCACUCAUGUUGGCCAUGAUUGCGAUGCUGACAUCUGGCUUGAGCAUGAUACGCUGGCUACACACCGAUCGGCAGUGGGCUCAAGAACAACUCAAGUCAGGCGGCUAUUUUAUCUUGUCUUACCUCUUGUCGAUCGUCAUGCCCAUGUCCUUCGUUGGCUGGUCCCUGAAUUGCUUCAUAUUUGCCAUGCUGAUUACUGGCUUCUACUCCACAAACACGGUUUGCUGCACCUUCACCGCGCUCUGGCUGGUCAUAUACGUCGUCAUCAUUGGGACAAUAUCGAUUGAAUUCACGUGGAAGUAUAGGAAAAGUCUCAAAUUACGCUGAUCUACAUACUUACCGGCAGGAGUUUCUCUCUCCUCUUGUUACGUUUCGCAACCAUUCCAUUUCAUCCUGGUCUUCUCACUUC